ACGUACUAAUAAAUGGAGACGAUGUGUUCACAAACCCUCUACCUUACCUCUGCCUUAGGAGAAGCUUAAUGUCGACAGUAUGGGGCAUCAGGUGAUAAUAUUUGACUUUUCUCUCAUAAGAGGACUGUGGGAAACUCGAGUUAAGAAGAACAAAGAACGUCAGAGGAAAGAGAAAGAAAGAUUAGAAAAAAGCUCAUUGGAGAGGAUAAAGCAGGAAUGGAAUUUCAUACUAGAGUGCCGGAAGAAAGGUAUUCCUCAAUCAAAAUACCUCAAGAAUGGCUUUGUAGACACUGAUGAGAAGAUCUUGGACACUUAUGGAAAGACUCCUCGGCUCCAGAAGAGGCAUGCUUUGUCAGAUGAAGUAAAUAAGGAAAGAAACAAGUUUAUUUUUCAGCUUUCUGGAGAGCAGUGGACGGAAUUCCCAGAUUCUCUGAAAGAACAGAUCCAUCUGAAAGAAUGGCACGUGUGCAAUACGAUGAUACAAACCAUUCCAGCCUACAUUGCAUUAUUUCAAGAUCUGAGAGUACUGGAGUUGUCAAAAAAUCAAAUCAACCAUCUCCCAGUGGAAAUUGGCUGCUUAAAAAACCUCAAAGUGCUCAAUGUGAGUUUCAAUAAUUUGAAGUCAGUCCCUCCAGAAUUGGGUGAUUGUGAGAAUCUGGAAAAACUGGAUUUGUCUGGAAAUAUGGAAAUAACAGAGCUCCCAUUUGAACUGAGUAACCUGAAACAAGUCACAGUUGUGGACGUGUCAGCAAACAAGUUCCAUUCUAUUCCAAUUUGUGUGCUCCGGAUGUCUAAUUUGCAGUGGUUGGAUAUUAGCAGCAACAACCUGAAAGAUCUCCCAGAAGACAUAGACAGGUUAGAGCAACUGCAGACGCUUCUCCUACAGAAAAACAAGUUGACUUAUCUUCCACGAGCUCUGGUCAAUAUGCCAAAGCUCAGUUUGCUAGUUGUCAGUGGUGAUGACCUGGUUGAGAUACCCACAGCCGUCUGUGAGUCAACCACAGGUUUAAAAUUCGUAAGUCUCAAGAACAGCCCAGUUGAAACUAUUGUAUGUGAAGACACUGAAGAAAUUAUAGAAAGUGAACGUGAACGGGAGCAAUUUGAGAAAGAGUUUAUGAAAGCAUACAUUGAAGACCUAAAGGAAAGAGAUUCUGCUCCUUCCUAUACUACGAAAGUAUUACUCAGUCUUCAGCUCUGAAGAUCAAAAAUCUCUAAAUCACUAGUGAAUAUCAGAAUAACUCUAUUUUUAUCCACCUGAACAGAAACCACUGGAAACCAUAGAUGGCCAGAAGCACUUCAAAAUCAUCAUGAUUUUUUUAAUGUGUUACUGUAGUUGCUCCCAGUAACUACAGAUAAAAGAAAGAGCAGUAGAGCCUUCAUAAGAUGCUGUUUCACCUUUUAAAUCAACAUAUUUAUUUUCCAGUCCACAGCAACAGCCACUAAUUUACAUAUAGACCCGCUGAAAGUAAAUAUUCACUGUAAUAAAGUAAACACAGACAUAGGUGCCCUCAGGAUGAAGACAUUGCACAUUGUAGUUGAAACAGUGGAAGAUAAAUCAUCAUCUUAAAAAGAGAUUUGAUUUCAUAAGAGGGGAAGGAUUAAUUUAGAAAAUGAAUGUGAUCUGUUGUAUUCUUAAGACCAAAUAACACAUUUAGUUCUUUACAAUAUUUAAAGUGUGAACACAUACAUAGUUGUUUGCAUUUACUUUCUGUUCUUCAAGGAAAUUGUCCUCCUUGGGAUUUUUGGUUUAGAUAAGUUUCAACAACUUCAUAUAUAGAAACUGUAGCAAUUCUAUUGCUUUUUUCAAGCAUAUUAUAAGCUUUUAUGUGUUUGCAAAUUCAAGUGCCAACGUGACUGAAACUUCUGUGUGAGCAGUCUUAUAGCAAUAUAUUAAAUAAGAUUUUAAGGACUAAGCAGUGUGAAAAAAUACUAUCAGCAAGAUGAUGAUAAAGGUCUUCUACAAAUGGUUUCAGAUUACAGGAUUUUGUGGACAAUUAUUGGAAUUUUGUUGUAUAAGUUGUAUAAGAAUGAGUUUGCUGGAUAAAAAGUUAUAUUGCUUGCUAUUUAAUAAUCUGUUUAUAUAUAAUUACUUAAGUGUAUAUACUGUAGAAUUUCAGAAAUCUCAUUUUACAUAUAUUUUUUGUUUAAUAAAUCAAUACUUUUUAAUCUAAAAAGACUUGAGACUUUGAGAAUUUAGACUCAAAUUAGAGAAUUUAAAUAGUCCUAAACUUAUGAGUGCAGUUAAGGGAAAUGAUAUUUACAUCUUGCUUUUUUAUUAUAGAUGAGCUUUGUCCAGUUUUGUGUGGUAGAGUGCCACUUAAGUCGGUCAUAUUUAAAAAGCAAAGCAACAAAGCAUGUGCUCCU